AUGUCCAUCGAACUCGAUCCCCCCGAGCUUGGCUUCAAGCGACCUUUCAACCACGAAGUAUGCCAGAUCCUUCGCCUGCGCAACCCUGGCCAGGAGCCUUUGGUCUUUAAAGUCAAGACCACUGCUCCCAAACACUACUGCGUUCGCCCCAACUCCGGCCGUAUCGAGCCCGGCAAGCAAGUUGAUGUCCAAGUCCUGCUGCAGGCCAUGAAGGAGGAGCCUGCUACUGACGCGAAGUGCAAGGACAAGUUCCUAGUCCAGUCUGUUGCGGUCACCGGUGGUGAUAUGGAAUAUUCGAAUGUUACCUCCAUCUUUGAGAAGGCGUCCAAGUCUGCAGUCAUUGAGCGCAAGAUUCGUGUGAACUGGCUUCCCGCUGAUUCGGAUGCCUCCCCGCAACAGAACCCCUCAACUGACGGCGCCUUGGAGGAGGAACCCCCUGCGUACACUUCUCCCGGUGGAAACUACGAGACCCCAGCUGUCGGUCUUGCGAAGAAGACCCCCGUCGAGCAACCAUCCCCCAUCCCCGCCCCCGAUUUCACCGAGAAGUCCAUCAAAGUCGAGUCCCCCCAGCACAGCGAGUCCAGCUCCUCCUUUGCAAACACCAAGGCCGCCGUGGUCAAUACUAUCCCAUCCGGCGACGACGUGGCGGCCCAGCUUGCCGAGGCCAAUGCGCAGAUCCAACGGCUCAAGGACCGAAUUGCAGAUCAGGGCUUGCGGCAGCGCAAGACUGGCGGCGAGGCGCCGGCCGCCCCUGCGACAAUCCAGCAAUCACACACACAGACCGAGUCUGGAGUCUCUGUUCAAACUGUCGCCGGGCUGUGCCUACUCAGCUUCUUAAUUGCCUACUUCUUCUUUUAG